AGACUUUACACCAUUUCUUGGUAACUAUCCAUUAUGCAUUGCUCCUCACAUGUCACCAUUAGGAGCAAUCUCCUUUUGGUAUGUGGUAGGAUUCUAUCCAUUGCUCCUUCUCCUCUUACUCUAUGUUUGGAUAACAUUGUAUGAUAAAGGUUACAAGUGUGUAGUAUUGGUUACUAGACCAUUUCAUCGUUGCAUGGCUCGCCUCUGGAGUAUGACUGGCAUUGAACCAUCUUUUACUCACUCUAUAGCAUCAAUAUAUAUACUCUGCUUCACUCAGUUAGCUCUAAUAUCCUUUAAAUUACUUCGUUUUAGUCCAACUGACCAUUUGUUUUUUUUCUACGAUGCUAAUCAAAAAUAUUUUGAGGGACCUCAUAUAGCAGCAACUUUAUUUUCUGUUUUAAUUUUAUUGCUUUUUAUACUCCUUCCUACACUUUAUUUACUCCUUUAUCCAUUCAAAUGGUUUCAUAAGUUAUUGGAUUGGUUACAUUUGAGGAAACAGCUACUGAUAUCACUGGGUGAUGUGUUUACUGGUCCUUAUAAGAAUGGAACUAAUGGCACCUAUGAUUAUCGUUUCUUUGCCGGGUUAUAUCUAUUGGUGAGAAUAAUUGCCUUGGCUCUUCUCUUGAUAGUUCUACCAGCAUCAUAUCCAUGUUAUUACUUUGGACCAUCUGCAGCCUUCAUUGCAUCUAUAUUGGCAAUAAUGAUUACAAUAUUUCGACCUUUCCAAAGAAAUAUUCAUAGUUUUUUUGAAGUACUAUUCUUGUAUUUCAUAAUAAUUUUCAUUUAUGCUUCAUUUACUUCGAAUCUAAAUCAUACACCAUUAGCAUUAUCCUGGUCAUCAUUAUCAUCAGUAUUUUUUAGUGGUCUGAUAUUUGGAAUAAUUUUACCAAUAUACAUAAUGUCAAUGUUCGGCAAAAAAAUUUUCUACUACUACAAACGUCGUAAGGAUACUUUGCGAGUUAAUACUGAGGAAGGAGAUGAUAAUGAGCCAUUAGUCGUUGAUGAAGAUUGGAUUGCCGAUCGUAUGGAGAAUCCACAAAAAUAUAAUGAACGACAUGUUCCUGUUAGACUGGAUGAUCUUACAAGAGAUACUGAUGAACCUACUGAUGAACCUACUGAUGAACCAAUUGCUAUUGAUAAAGCUGCUACUUAUGGGAGUGUGUAAUCAUAUUACAGUCUUAAUCCAGUAUAGACAACUGGAAAACUUUAAGUGAUACAUUUUUGCACUGUGAAUGUAACUAUCAAUGCUAUUUUUAUUUAGAAUUCUAUAUUUUUAGUGGUUGGUUUAUUGAUAAUUAUU